CUGCCUUGACCCUCCACUUUGCUCUAAGGGUGUAGAUUCACCUGUGCAACAACUGCAUCGUGCCCCUCCCCACCCAGCCACCCACCAUGCCGGAGCUGGCAGAGCUGAGCAGCCCCCGCACCCCUGCCGAUGCAGACCACAUCCAGAGGAACAUCUUGGAGGAGCAUGUGGAACUCUGGUGGUUUCAGGACCCCAAGAAGUCCAUCCUGUGCUACGGGAUGGCUGUGGUGCUGAUCCUGGCCUGCGGGAUCGGGGGCAUCAUCCUGCUGUAUAGCACGAGCAGCAGGUCCGGGGAGUGGCGGCUGGCUGUGGGCACCACACUCUGCCUCCUGGCCCUCCUCGUGCUGCUGAAGCAGCUGCUGAGCUCUGCAAUCCAGGACAUGAACUGCAUCCGCAGCCGGGACCAGAUCGAGCUCCUGAAGAGUGGGGGCUUCUCGGACUGCCUGGUGCUGCUGCUCAGUGCCCUGGUGCUGCUGGUCUGUGGGGUCGUGCUCACCAUCCUCUCCACCACAACCAUGCAGCUCAGCUCUGCACGGCCACUGGCCAGCAUGUUCACCAGCGGGGUUGUCCUCCUGAGUGCUGGCAGUGCCAUCCUCCUCUGCCUGCUGCUCUACCUACUCUGCACCUCCUGCCACCAGGCUGCUCCUCGAAGUCUGGAGACCGGCGAGAUUCGUGUCUUCACCAUCUCUGGCCGCCUCACUGCAAACAGGCGCCUUCCUCCCACCUCCAGCAUGGCCAACCUGAUCUGAUCCAGGACACCUUUGCGUGAGCCUCACUGGAUACCAUCUGUCAGCAGGGCUUGUGCCAGCCUUUCCCCAAGGAAGGGUGGGCCUUGCUGUGUGCCUUGUGCUUCUUCCAGAGAUGACUGGCAUGUGCUUUGCCCCAGGCUGAUGGUGUGGCAGGGCCUUGGGGUGCCUGCACGGGCUCUGUGGCCUGGCAUUAGGAGCACGGUGCUGGUCAGGUUGGUGUAUUCACUCCACUAAGCCUCCUGCGACAGCUGCUGCCUGCCCGGCUGUGACCCCAUCACAGAGUUAAGGUGAGCCCAUCCUGUACCUCUGGGGACCCCAGUA